UGUCGCCGUCCGCUCGCCCCUGGAUUAUGAGAAUGAAAGUGAUAACUCGGAAUAUUUCUAAGGAAGAACUAUGCUGUGAUAUGGAAGGAUUUUCAAGGGAGGCUCCAUGUUUUUCCAUUCUCAGUGAUGGUUGGGACUGUGUAAACCAGAAGAGACAUUUGAAGCAGUCAGCUUUAACUCCGGAGAAACCAGGAACUCAAGAAGCAGUUUAUGAAUGUACUGUUGUUGGGGAGCAGUUGAGUGCAUGCUCAGACUUGGUACCAUCUCAGAGAGUUCCUACAACAAAUAGUUUCUAUAUACAUGACUCACAUGUUCAGAGUUUGAAUUCUGAUCCAGUCUUACUUGAUUGUCCUAAAAAUUAUGCAAGUAAGAGAACUGGUGACAGUGAUGCCUGUGCUAAAGACUUUGACCACUCCAUGGAAGUUAUUCAGCUUGGAAGAAAUCAAAUGAAGGAGAAGCUCUUUAAAUACCCUGAAAGUGUUACAUCUUUCCACCAUUUUACUUGCCUUGAUGAUACCAAAAAAAUGAAAAAAGGCAAGAAAGUAUAUGAAGGUAAAGAUAUCUUUACCCUGAGCUCCUCUGUGAAUGAACAUAGGAGGACUCACCCUGGAGAAAAAUCUCAUAAAUGUGCUGAAUGUGGAAAAUGCUUCAAACGAAACUCUUCUCUUGUUUUGCAUUAUCGAACUCAUACUGGAGAGAAACCUUAUAGCUGUAAUGAGUGUGGAAAAUCCUUCUCCAAGAACUACAAUCUGAUUGUACAUCAAAGGAUCCAUACAGGAGAGAAGCCGUAUAAGUGCAAUAAAUGUGGGAAAGCUUUCAGUGAUGGGUCAGCUCUGACACAACACCAGAGAAUUCACACGGGUGAGAAACCUUAUGAAUGUCUAGAAUGUGGGAAAACCUUUAACCGAAAUUCAUCCCUUAUUUUACAUCAAAGAACUCAUACAGGGGAAAAACCAUAUAGAUGUAAUGAGUGUGGGAAACCCUUUACUGACAUCUCUCAUCUCACAGUGCAUCUCAGGAUCCACACUGGGGAGAAACCCUAUGAGUGUAGCAAAUGUGGAAAGGCUUUUCGAGAUGGCUCAUACCUCACCCAACAUGAGAGGACUCACACUGGAGAGAAGCCCUUUGAAUGUGCAGAAUGUGGGAAAUCCUUCAAUCGCAACUCUCACCUCAUUGUGCAUCAAAAAAUACAUUCUGGGGAGAAACCCUAUGAAUGUAAGGAAUGUGGAAAAACUUUCAUUGAGAGUGCAUACCUCAUCAGGCACCAGAGAAUUCACACUGGUGAGAAACCCUAUGGCUGUAACCAGUGUCAGAAACUUUUUAGGAACAUUGCUGGCCUCAUCCGGCACCAAAGGACUCAUACUGGUGAGAAGCCCUAUGAGUGUAAUCAGUGUGGCAAAGCUUUCAGGGAUAGCUCCUGUCUGACUAAGCACCAGAGAAUUCACACUAAGGAGACUCCAUACCAGUGUCUGGAAUGUGGGAAAUCCUUCAAGCAGAACUCUCACCUGGCAGUACACCAGAGACUCCAUAGUAGGGAGGGUCCCAGUCAGUGUCCUCAGUGUGGGAAAACAUUCAGAAGGAACUCAUCUCUUGUUCGACAUCAAAGAACACACCCUGGAGAGCAAUCCAUGGAGACAUAAUGAACAUGGGCUACACUGUUCUCCCAACUUGCUUUUGGAAACCUACAUGAAAUAGGU